AUGGGGCCUUCUUCUCCUUCAACAGAAGGGCCUAGCCCCGCUGCAGCAGCAGCUAUGGGCAGCAGCAGCAACAGCAGCAACAGCAGCAGCAGCAGCAGCAGCAGCAACAGCAUACCGCCUCUGCUGCAUGCGCUGGCGAGUUUUGACAAGGCUGUAGGGGAGUUGUGUAUGGAGACGCUGCAUGCGCUGCCUGCAGCAACAGCAGCAGCAGCAACCGCAGCAGCUGAUGCAACACCAGCAGCAGCAGCACCAGCAGCAGCUGAUGCAACAGCAGCAGCACCAGCAGCAGAAUGCGAAGGCCCCCAACUUGGACAGCAGCUGCCCUCAGUCGAGGCAUUUGAAGAGAGGCUGUCGUUGGAGCGGCGAUUAAAAAAUUUGAAAACGGCGGCGGAGAAUUCGCGCAAAAAUACCCAAAGCCACAAACCCCUCGUUCAGAGACUGAAAGCAGAGCUGGAAUGCUUAGACUCCGCACUCAAGCAAGUCUUGGAGAGAGAAGAGGCUUUGAAGCAAGGCAUGCCUUUUGCGGCCUGCAGCUCUUAA